ACCGGGCAGCGGUUUUCGCAGAUUUACACAGGACGGUGAGCGACUGCUAACGCGGCUAAUGAGCACUCCGCUCAUUUGUGGAUCUGCUGAAGCUCUCGUCGGUUUACUUUACGCUCAGUUCAUGUUUGGCUUAAAGGAGACGCAAUGAAAGCACACAAAAUGGCUGCGACCCGGGGCCGCUCCAAUAAGUAGGUUUACUAUAGCUUUAAGAACGCUGCUUCUUUAAGAUUAUAUCGGUUUAUUCCCGAGGAGGCAAUUAAGAAAAGUUUUAAUUGAACAAUCAAAAAAAAAAAAAAUCUGUGCGUGUAGUUUGCGACGAUCCUAGCGCAUGACGAGAAAAUGUCCCAGUGUUGGAUAAAGGCCUCCUGCCGUCAACAUGUCUCCUUCCUGGAUGUGCGUUAGUCCUCCGGACUUCUAGUGCGGGAGCGAAGGUGCGAUAAACGAUGGAACCGACUGGCGAGCGAAAUGAGGACGCAAACAAAGGCGACGCGCCGGUGCGCCACAAGGCCGCAGAGCAGACCUCGGCCCCUGUUGGAGCCGUCACCCCGAGGAAGACGCAGAGGGAGCGGGGAGCCCCGCGCGGCAGACCCGGCGGCGCUGCCCCUCGGACGGACGUCAACGGGGCCGCGACACAGCAGGGCACCGGGAGGGUCCUCCGGGACCGCUCCACCCGGGCGGUACCGGCCUGGCUGAGGGACAGCAGGAGCGAGGAGGACGAAGACGAGCCGGGCGCCGACAAGCGGAGGAAAGUUCCCAACUCCCGGCGAAGGAGAAACUGCGAGUCCGUGGAGGCUGCUGGUGGCGGCCAAAACCUUGAGUCUGCAGAGGAACCCAAGAAGCCCUCCACUGAUGCUGAAGCUCCUCCCACCCAGAGCCGAGGCAAGCCUUCUCCCGGCAGAACCAAGUCGGUGUGCAAGACUGAGCCUGGGACUGAGAGUCAAGCCGCUGCUGCAGAAGAGCUGAACGACAAAGACAGGGAUGACAUUGAAAAGGAGAGGAGGGCUGCUGCUGGUGUUGGUCCGGUGCUGGAUAAGGAACCUCAACUUCAGGAUGACAUCAUUGACUUCAGCUAUCAAUCACAGCCUCCCAGUGUGGCAGAAGAAGAGGAUGCUCCCAGCAGCGACGAAGACGUUCCCUUCCGAGACGAUUUAAACGAUCAGAGCUACGACCCAGAGGACGGGAGAUUUGUGGAUUCCCUCAAGCCAAAGCGCAGGGUUCCUCCUCGGCAGAAGGACAAGAAAGACAAGGAGAAAGUCCCCAAGAGAGAGAUGGAGGAGAUAAAGACAGAAGGUUCGGACAAUCUGGACAGCGUGGAGGAGGAAGUGAAGCUGGAAGAAGCCACAGCAGCAGCAGCAGCAGAGGAAGUGGAGGAGGACCCAGACGGUCCAAGGAAGAAGGGACGGCGGAAAAAAGAUGACAAAACACCCCGGCAGCCAAAAAGAAGGAAGAAGCCCCCGGUGCAGUAUGUCCGCUGUGAGAUCGAAGGCUGCGGAACCGUUUUGGCUCACCCUCGUUACCUGCAGCACCACAUCAAAUACCAGCACUUGCUGAAGAAGAAGUACGUGUGUCCUCAUCCUAACUGUGGAAGGCUUUUCCGUCUCCAGAAGCAGCUCCUCCGUCAUGCCAAACACCAUACAGACCAGAGAGACUACAUCUGUGAGUUCUGUGCUCGUGCCUUCAAGAGCUCGCACAACCUGGCGGUGCAUCGCAUGAUCCACACGGGAGAGAAGCCCCUCCAGUGUGAGAUCUGCGGCUUCACCUGUCGCCAGAAGGCCUCCCUCAACUGGCACAUGAAGAAGCACGACGCCGACGCCUCCUACCAGUUCUCCUGCUCCAUCUGCGGCAAGAAGUUUGAGAAGAAGGACUGUGUGGUGGCCCACAAGGCCAAGAGUCACCCCGAGGUGCUCAUAGCCGAAGCACUCGCCGCCAACGCCGGCGCCGUCAUCACGACGCCAGCGUCACUGCUGGAUCUGCCCGCCAAACCCCCGCAGGCGACGGCGGGUCAGGACGGCCACGUGCAGCAGGUGUUGAUCCAGGACCCUCAUGUCGACCGGCAGGCGGCUCAGGUAUCCCAGCAGGUCAACCACCAGGUGGUUCUGGUGGAUCAAGACCAGACCCUCCACGCCAUGCAGGUGCCGGUGACCAUCGCCCUGUCGCCCAUCGACCCGCCCUCGCCCGCCGACGCCCAGCAACCCUCGCACCUUCAGCUCCAGAUGCCCGUGCAGUUCGUUCAGCCUCUCCAGUCCUACCCGGCCCAGCAGCAGAACCAAGGGCCCAUCCUGCAGAUGACCUUCCAGCACGUGGGCCCGUCCCAGCAGAUCCCGGUCCUCGCCGCAUCCUCCGCCGGUAAGGAAAGCUUCGUUCCGGACAAUCCCGCGCUGGCUCCCUCCAGUCCACCGGGGGGAGCCGCGUGGGGGCAAACUGAACGGGGCGGCGCCCUAAAUGACGACAUCGUGCAGCUGACCCUCAUGUGAACGCAUUUAACGUCGAAUCGCAACACGUAAUCGUGAGCGUUUUUAGUCAAACCGGUUGCCUUUGUACAUAAUCGUCUUCACGUUGAUUGUUCUUCCGCAAUACGAUCAUAUAUACAAACUUUGUGUUGGCUUACACACCCCAGCAUUUUAGCAACUGUCCAAGUCUUAAGUCACGUCUUUAUUUAUUACCUUUUUCGUGUGUGAAAUGUUUGACAAUAGGGCUGCCACUAACCUUUAUCUUCUCAAAAAUGUCACAAAACUAUCAAGUAAAAACAAUGACUUUUUUAUGCAUAUUACAUUUUUUAUGGUCCUUAAUGAAGCAUUUUCUAGCAUCAAAAUGACUAAUUGGACUACAAAUAUGAAUAGUACAGUUGUAUAGGCCACUAGAGACAAGCAAACCAAUCAGAUCACAUUAUUCAGUAUAGUGGACACUGAUUGGCUCAGCCUCAGGCAGCAUACAUUUAUAGGAUUAAAAGAGUGUCACUAAAGGGUGUUAUUUAGGAUAGGACAGACUUUAUUUAUUAGGAGUGUGACUCUUUGGCCACCGAACUAUUCCAUUCAGAAUUGAUCCUGGAUUCAAUGUUUAAUUUGGUAUAAUAAUUAUAAUUAAACUUUUCUAAAUGGGUUAUAAAGACAUGGAGAUGGCCUAAAAAGGAUUUUAAUUUUUUUUUAAAUAAAAAAAAAUUGAUUUUAGAAUUUUGAUGGAUAAAAAUUGCAAUUUGGACUUUUCGUAUUUCCUUGAAUUGCCGCCAGGUAUAUAGUAUGCGCCUGCCUAGAAUUACUGCCGGGUCAAACUCGUUACGCAAAAUAUUAUUUUUAUUAAUGCAUGUUUAGCAUUUCCGCCGGGUCAAACUCGUUUCGCCAAAUAAUUCGCAUAUGCCUAGAAUAUCCGCCGGGUCAAACUCGUCACGUCACGAGUGACUCUUCACCUGUCAUCAUUUUCAAAAUGGAGGAGGCUGAUUUCAAUCAUUUGAAAUCGCAUAAAGGGAAGAAGAUUAAGAGCUAUUCAGUAGGAUUUAAGGUCCAAGCUAUUGAAUAUGCUAAAAAGAACAGUAAGCAGCUAUGUUUUAUUGAUAUACCGUAGCUGCGUGUGUCAAAUAUGAGUCAUUAAAUGACUCCCGCCUCCUGGUGGUAGAGGGCGCUAGUGAUCCUUCUUGCGACUACUCGGCUGCAGAUGAAGUGACAACAAGCAGCAAGAGUGAGAAGCGAUCCUUUAUUUUUUCCUGUCGCUUGCACUUUUAACAUGGAGGAUUACAUAUCUAAAAUAAAACAGUUUUCUAAACUGGACUUUCAAUGGAAGCAGGAGGUAAUAAAGGAAGAUCUCCAUGGAGACAGAGAGACUUUUAACACUGAAGAAAGAUAAGGAAGACUUCUAUAAACAAGUUAUCGAGGCUUUUGAUCAGAAGGAGCUGCACAUGGACUUCAUUUAUAAGUGAAGGUAAGACCAUAAUAAAGUUUUUUUUAUUUUUAUUAAAUGUGCUUUUCAUGAUGGUAUCCUUACAUCACACUCAAAUUUAUAAGCGCAGGCCUAAAUUUACCGCAUGCCUUUAGUAAGCGCCGGAGUGAGAAGAGGUUUUAAAAUAAUAAGCGCAUGCUUGCCUUUACCGCAUGCCUUUGGUAAACACCGGAGUGAGAAGAGGUUUUAAAAUAAUUAGCGGCCCGACAGCAAUUCAAGGAAGUACGGUAAAUCGAUUUUUUGUGCUCCCCUACACUGGAAUAAAUGUCCCUCUUAAGAGUUAAAAAAAUGGAAGUUAUUUUUGCUUGUAAUGAGCAACAAAAUCUGUCAAAAUGGUUUUGGUUAGAUUUCUUAAAAUACAACAUUAUUUUUAAGCUUGAAAAACUUCAAAUUGAUGUAGAAAUGAUCAAUUAAAACUUUAUACUUACUAUUAUUGUGAAGUUUUGUGUCUUCUAACAAACUUGUGAUGCUCAAAAGUAGUAUUUUAGUCCUUCUAAAAACAAGUUCUUAUGUCUCACUGAAAAAUUAAUAUUCAGGGAAUUGUACUAAGUUUGUUUACUUGGUGAAUGUGUCCCGUCUUUUAUUUAUCCCAAAAAGUUAAAACUAGGGCUGUCAAAUUAUUAUUAUUUUUCAUAUUUUGGGAUUUGGAUGAAUCAUGAUUGUUCUCAGGUGAUCACUCGCCUGCAUAAUGAGAAAAUAGGAUUAUAAUUGUAAUUAUAAGGAAAAUAAUUAGGAUUAGCCAAAGAAAAGAGGCCAAUAUUUGUACACAAAAGCCAUUUUGUUGUCAGAAUGUCACCCAGGAUCAGUUUACUUGAAUGCAUGUCGUGUAUCUUUCACAAAACCUGGUAACAGUUUUAUUCAAAGUUUAUUUCCGGAUGUAUCAGUUAGCCGGCGAGACCAUCUUUGUACUGAUGUUUGCAUUGAUCUGAUCUCGGCAAGUACACUCAAAGCAGGGGUCACCAACGCGGUGCCCGUAAGGACCAGAUGAGUCGCCCGCUGGCCUGUUCUAAAAAUAGCUCAAAUAGCAGCACUUACCAGUGAGCUGCCUCUAUUUUUUAAAUUGUAUUUAUUUACUAGCAAGCUGGUCUCGCUUUGCUCGACAUUUUUAAUUCUAAGAGAGAUAAAACUCAAAUAGAAUUUGAGAAUCCAACAAAAUAUUUCACUUGUUUAAAUAAAUUCAUUUUUUUACUUUGCUUCUUAUAACUUUCAGAAAGCCAAUUUUAGAGAAAAAAUACAACCUUAAAAAUGAUUUUAGGAUUUCUAAGCACAUAUACCUUUUUAAAUACCAUCCUCUUCUUUCCUGACAAUUUAAAUCAAUGUUCAAGUAAAUUUAUUUUUUUAUUGUAAAGAAUAAUAAAUACAUUUUAAUUUAAUUCUUCAUUUUAGCUUCUGUUUUUUCGACAAAGAAUAUUUGUGAAAUAUUUCUUCAAACUUCUAAUGAUUUAAAAUAAAAUAAAAAUAUUCUGGUAAAUCUAGAAAAUCUCUAGAAUCAAAUUUAAAUUUUAUUUCAAAAUCUUUUGAAUUUCUUUUAAAUUUUUGUUCUGGAAAAUCUAGAAGAAAUAAUGAUUUGUCUUUGUUAGAAAUAUAGCUUGGUCCAUUUUGUUAUAUAUUCUAACAAAGUGCAGAUUGGAUUUUAACCUAUUUAAAACAUGUCAUCAAAAAUAUAUAUUUAUUGUGAGAAAUCAUUAAAAUGAUCAGUGUUUCCACAAAUAUAAAUAUCAUUGAUUAUUAAUAAUAACAGACUUAAAGGUAAAAUGAGCAAAUUGGCUAUUUCUGGUCACUUAUUUGUGUAUCAAACUGGUAGCCCUUUGCAUUAAUCAGUACCCAAGAAGUAGCUCUUGCUUUCAAAAAGGUUGCUGACCCCUGACUUAAAAUAAAUAACAUGAUUAAUCCAAGUCUUCAUAAUUAAUACCAUCAUUUUUAAUCACAUGAGUUAACUCAUUCAUUUUGACAGCCCUAGUAAACACAUGGAAUGAAAGGAGCUAUACUUCUGCCACGUAACAUUUUUACACACAAGUCAAAUGGAAAAAGUAGGAUUUAGUAAGUAGUAAAUAUUUGGGCACCAAACAAUUUGAUCCAAUUAAACCGAUUCCUGGGGUGACUAUUCGAUUCAGAAUCCACUUUCUAUUCAAACCGAUUCUGGCAAUGUAAUGUUUGCUAUAAUGAAACUCUUUCAAAGCAGGUUAGAAAAGCUUCUGGUUGCAUAAAGAUGACAUAAAAACUUAUUUUUAAAAAUUUAUUCUGAUAAAAAAUGAUAUUCAUCAAAAUUGAAUCGAUUUAGGAAACAAAUCCUGAUUCAGAUGUGAAUUCUUUUUUUGCCCCCCUAUUUAUAUCACCAUGGGGAAAUGAUUUUGUUGCAGUGCGGAUUCAAAAAGUAUUAAAAGCAGAAGUUCUGCCACCUUGUUUGGGUUAAAACCAUUGAUUGAUUGAUACUUUUAUUAGUAGAUUGCACAUUACAGUACAUAUUCCAUACAAUUGACCACUAAAUGCUAACACCCCAAUACAUUGUUCAACUUGUUUAAGUCGGGGUUCACGUUACAAUUCUAAAGGGAAAUUUUUAAAAAAUAAACCUAAGGAAGACAUAAAAGCACAGAGCUGUUUGUUGCAACCUGCUGACACUUCAGCGGCGCCAUUUUCACAUACAGCUACAAAAGUCACAUGAAAAUGACGGGCAGCUCACAACUCCAUUCAGAAUCUAUUCUCCACUCAAACCCAUUCUUACCAAGUUUGAGUCAUAAUGGAACUUUUUUAAAAUAGGUUACAGGUUGGAAAAAAAUGUCUCUGGUUGCAAGGAGAUGGCCUCAGAACUUAUUACAAAAAUUCUCGUUUGAAUUGACUUUUUAAAUUUGUUUUAAUUGACCAUUUAAUUUUUUUAAUUUGUUUUAAUUGACUUUUUAAAACACUUCAAAUGGCGUUCAUCAUGGCACAUACAGAUGGAUCAAUAAAUAUUGACUUCGGGGGGUGAAAAAAAAUGAAGUGAGCAAGUGAAACAUGGGCCUAAAACGGAUUGUUAUUUAUAAAAAAAACCUAAUGUUGCAGAAAAUGUUUGAGUCCUACUUUGCGAAAGACAGGUUGAUCACGGUCAUAUCAGGAACCAAUUAAUGAGAGGACUACUCCUGUGUAUAUAUUGAUGAGUAUAUAGGGUGAAAGAUGUCAGUAGUAGUAAUAUCUUGUACUGUACAUACUUAUUAGUACAGAACAUGUCCCUUCAUCAGCUGGAAAUAAAAGUCCUAACAGUA